UUUUUCUCCGUGUUCUAGUUGGUGCGCAAAGAAAAGAAAACUCAUCAUCCAAAUUAUUGUUCUAAUUUUCGAAAUUUUCUGUGUUUAAUCCAAUCGAAAUCGAAGAAAAUUUGUUUUAAUCGGUAGCCAAGUUUGAGGGGCGCCGAUUGAUGUGUUGCAAACUACCGGACAACUGUGUUCAGUGGAGAAAUUCGACAAUUUAAAAAACAAAGGGGCGAACCAGUCAGGAGCAGCGAAAAGAAAGAGCUCCGUCAUAUCAGAAACGUCAAGUUCGGAAAAAAGGGAAGGUGAAAUUGUCGAACCAGUAGGUAAUUGCUUUCACUAGACCCUCCUGUUUCAAUUGUUGGCGUUGGCCAGUGAUCCGAAUAUUGGCCUGCGGAGGAGCCCUCCCAGACUAGUCACGGUGUAAGUGAAUCCGGUCAUUAGAUUUCCUAACUACGCAAACCUCAGAAGAGUUUCCGGAAGUGGAUUCGAAGGUCGAACACUGACCGACGACGAUGGGAAUCCUUGGAACGAAUUCGACGCUGGUAGCAGACAUCGAAAAAGCAACCAGCGCGAACAAUACACAAGAAAAAUGGGGGCUCAUAAUGGAAGUAUGCGACAAAGUCACAAAUGGGGCUGUGAACCCAAAGGACUGUUUGAAAGUCGUCGUUAAGCGGCUAAAUCAUAGCGAUCCUCACGUGGUGAUGCAGGCAAUAACGCUCUUGGAUGCCUGCGUUAGUAACUGUGGGAAACAGUUCCAUCUGGAGGUGGCUUCAAGAGAAUUCGAAAACGAAUUUAAAAAGCUUAUGCAAAAAAGUCAAGCCACUUGUAGUAAGCGUCUGAGACUUUGCCUGAAAAAAUGGGCUGAAUCCGAUUUUAAGAGCGAUCCGCAGCUAAAUCUGAUUCCAUCGCUGUAUCAGAAAUUGCGCUCCGAGGGACACGACUUUAGUGAACCUUCGGCCACACCCAAGCGAGAGCCACCGGUCAGCAAGGACCCCAAUGUGGUCUCUAGUCAACAGGAAGAGGACGAUAUUGCGAAAGCAAUUGAGCUAUCGCUGAAAGAAACCAAAUCAGGAAGCGGUACUGGCGCAAGUAGUAAUCAGUCGCCUCAGUUUGGCGGAAGCAGCUCGGGUGGAACGAGUUCGUUAUACCCGACUGCCAUGCUAACAAGUAUUCCGGCCGUUGAGCCACGCAAGGUACGGGCUUUAUAUGAUUUUGAAGCAGCCGAGGACAACGAGCUCACUUUUCAAGCUGGUGAAAUAAUAUUUGUACUCGAUGACGGGGAUCCAAAUUGGUGGAAAGGUCAAAAUCAACGAGGUGAAGGUUUAUUUCCCUCAAACUUUGUUUCUUCGGAUCUAAAUGCGGAACCGGAGGCAAGCGGCGCUGUUGGAGGAAAAGGAACAAAAAAGAAUGUGCAGUUUUCGGAUGAGCAACCUACGAACGAAGAUGAUAAGCAGGGUUCAGCAGGAAAUCAAACCGUCGAUAUUGACGAAGAAAAGAUUGAUCGAUUAUUGCAUCUGCUACAUGAAGCAGAUCCUGAGGAUCCGUCGACUGAUAGCGAGGAAAUGUUGCGGUUAGAACAAGUGGUGAACCAAAUGGGCCCACUAAUUGAUACCGAACUCGAACGUGUGGAUAGGAAGCACGCUCAGCUGACACAGCUUAGUAGCGAUCUAGUUGAAGCUAUAAAUUUGUAUCACACUUUGAUGCGAGAGCCGGAUAGAUCCAUGAUGAUGGGUCCUGCAGGUCCUUACGGUAUGCCAGGCUUUCCCGGGCCAUCUACCAUGCCCAGCAUGUAUCAGAUGCCAGGAAUGUAUGGAGCUCAGAACAUGCCAACAGGAAUGUUCCCUGGCAUGCCAGGGAUGCCAGGAACUCUUCCUCCGUACAGCUUACCACAACUUAGACACGACAUUGGCCAGAUGAGCAUCAAUUCAGUGCCACAGUUUCCUCCACCUCAGCAAACGAUGCCUCCGUCAAUCUCUCAAAAUGGACCGCCGACAAAUCUACCUGGACAGCAGAUACCAACAAGUGCAGCUCCUGUUGGCCCUGGUCAACCACAAAUGCAUGCAGGAAUUCCUCCGCAAGCACAACAAUCUAUGCCAAAUAUUGCUAUGCCACCACAGCAUUCAAAUCCUGCACCCCCGCAUCCAAUGAUGUCCAUGAGCCAUAUGCAGCCAAACUUUACUAAUCCAACAUCUCCUCCUCCGGUUAGCAAUGCACCUUCUACUGCCAUUCCUCCGCAACCACAACCCCCACAACCCUCUAAUCAAAUCGGAUCAAGGCCACUACCAAAUCAACAGCCUCAACUAUCCCAACCACAACAACAACCGAUUCCUCAAGCUAACUAUUCCGGCUUCGGUCCAGGAUUACCAAAUGGUCAACCCCCUAGCGCUCAGCAGCAAGUUCAAGUAGCCACUGCACCCCUUCCUCAUCAUCAUCCAGGAGCCCCAAUGGCGCCUGGUGCCUUUCCACCCUACAUGCAGAUGCCUCCGGGAACCAUGGGAGGACCGUUUCCGCCGCCAAAUCAUCAUCCGGCAGCCAUGCUCCACGGCAUGAUGUCAGUUGGGCCACCACCCGGAUCACCGCUUUCCAUCAACACCGUCGCUUCGAGCUCGCCUCAGAACAUUCCAAUCUACCAGCAGCAACGGUAAACUUUUUUAGUUUUCCUACAUACAAUUUUAUUCAGAGAACCAAACUAUUCAAUUCCCCUCUUCUGUUUGUACUUGGCGCGGCAGCGAUCUGCCCGAAUAUCUCGAGCAACAGAAACCUAGCCGAUCUAGCUUUCAGCGGCUGCUUUUUGAGUUCAAAAUAAUCACCAAUCCUUUGUAAAUAGUACACACACCCACUGUAAAAAAAGUCGUUUUCUACUCUUUUAACCAUUGAAAUGAUUUUCUACCGGAAUGCGACAGCAUACGAUAAAGUUCUUUGUUUUAACCAAUCCAUUCUAAUCAUAAAAUUGUUGCUUUUGCAUGGAAAAAUAUCAAGAAACGUUACCCCAGAACGUGGUGAUUCGCAGGCUAACUGGCAGUAGUGCAAGCGCUUUGUGAAUGUCUAAAUUUUCAAGAUAACAGAAGCUUAAUCUGAAGUUGGUGAUCAAGAUUUCAGAAUGUUACGCUGAACAAAAAAUAAAUAAAGUGGAGUUGGGGGAACACACAUUAUAUACACUAUUAUCGAUUAUAAUCAAAUAUAUGUAUGUAUUUAUAACUGAGUCAAACGCGGAUAGAAGAAAAACUGAAUAACGUUAUAACAAUAAUAUUCUAACUAUUGAUAGAUGGAUCGAGCGAUGGGAAACAGCCUCUGCGCAGUUGAAUCUUUCUGUUGAAUGCUCGUUUUCGGUGGGAAAGGAUGAAAUUAUGAAGAAGCCCUUAGAUCUAUAGCUUGAGUACUAGCAUAUAUAAUAAAGUAGAAGAUGUAAAGAUGAAAGCCCCCAAGAUAUGGCCCACACAUCCGCUUUCGCACGACCGAAAACAGGCGCGGAAACAUCAAAGUUUAUGCAAUAAAUGCAAAUCAGCUGAUUCAUAAAGUA